AUGCAAAGAAGAGGGCAAGUUUUGUUUGCGCUGAUCACUUUUGAUCCGUCGGCCCGCUUCUUGUUCUGCGCGACUUCCUCCCUACUCGAAAAAGCAAAUCAGCGUGAAGAGCUAUGUACGCCCACCGGCGCUGCGACUUCUCUAGCCAUGAAUACUGUCCCGCCUUCGGUGUCCUUCAUCACAAUUCUCGACUUUCAGGUCUGCUCCAAAGAUGUCUGUCUGCUCGCUUUGCCUCUGAUCUCCUUGUGCUUACCGACCGGCAGUCAGUACGCACGCUUUCUCUCAUUCGCAUCCACGCAGGGUCGAUGGAAGCAUUUGACGGAGUCGGUUUCUGACCUGCUAGGCUGGGAGCCUGCUGAACUGCGCGAUCGGCUCUUUUUCGAUCUGGUACAUCCUGACGAGCUACAACGAGUCAAAGAGCUGCACAGCGAUGUCAUUCUUGCAGACAAAGCCGCUACUAUCGCCUAUGUCCGUCUCAAGCACAAAGACGCACAUAAAGGAUACAUCGUCUGCGCACUGGUUCGGCCAACUUGGUGUCCAUUUCAUCCAAGACACCUGAUUCGCUGUUCAGGCUCAGACGGUGGUCACCGACCAGUUGAUCGGAAGGUGUGUGCCCGGACAUCAUUGUCCGUGCUCAAUAACUUACCAUAUAGCAGCGUGUCUUUCGCCCACCCAGGCGGCGAAGCUUUGCACAUCAACUCCACUGCGCAAGAAGUCGUGGUCAUCAGCACGACAGCGUCCAAUUUCGAGUUUCAGCGGUGGCACGAGUCUUCUCCGGAUAGAAGUUCAUCACCGAUUACGGCCUUGACUCCGCCUCCCGAGUUGCCCAUGUCCCAAUCGCCUAGAACAGCCUUCCUCCUCGACCGAUUCUCCACGAACUGCACGAUCACACGAUACACGAACCAUCAGCUCGUCGACGCCGGCAGCGCAACAACGCGGCCGUUUUUCGACUUUGUCGCUCCCGAGGACGAGAUGGUCGUGCGCAGCUGGUUGUGCGUCGUCAAGCGAUGCGGGGUGAAUGAUCACGGCCAGCCCUCGAGUGGUGGAUUUAGCUACGGACGAUUCCUGUUUUUCCCCCGCGGGCGCCAGUCCUUGGCUAUAUGUAGAUCGGUCGCGAACGCGGCACAGCCGCUGCUGUGCGAAUGGCGGCGGAUGACUAUCCGGCCUCUGGAGAAUGGAGAGUUCCUUGUCGAUGCUAUUUUUUCGGCCCACUCGGAUGGCUUGGUGUGUAUUUUGAGACGAGCAACCGGGUGACGCGUUGUGUCGGUGGGCAAGGAAGGGUGAUCGGUGGCUGUGCUGAUCGGAUCUACAGUCAAGCCGAUUGUUCCGUAGAUAGCUCAGAUCGUUGUUCUCCGCCGCCAUCGCACGCGCCUAUCAGAGCAUCGCCACACUCUGAUUCCCUCGCCCCCAGCUGUCCCAUCGUGGUGAUUGGAGUGCGUCUUUUUUCAUUCUGCAUACGUCACCUACGUUGCCCUUGUGCCCACGUCCCCUGUGCCCACGUCGCCUACUGUUCCGAAAAUACUGUA